AUGUUGGUAUCGGCAUCGGAGUUGAAAGAAGUGUUUUCUUGUUUGGAUACUUUAGAGCCUGAUUACAAUAAAAUCCCAACUCAUGAAGAUUGGAAAGUUAUUGACAAUCUUUGCACGUAUUUAAAGCUACUUUACAACACCGCAAAUCUGCUGACAUCAUCGAGUAUACCCACGACUAAUAUGUUCUUUCAUGAAGCAUGGAAGAUUCAGUUAGAGCUUGCCCGGGCCUCCACGAGUGAAGAUGAUGUCAUUAGCAACAUGACAAAACCGAUUCAAGAAAAUUUCGAUAAAUAUUGGAAAAAUUGUUGUUUGGUUUUAGCGAUUGCAGUUGUUAUGGAUCCGAGGUUUAAAAUGAAGUUAGUUGAAUUCAGUUUCAGAAUGAUUUAUGGGGAGGAAGCGGUUUCUUAUAUAAACACUGUGGAUGAAGGGAUUCAUGAGCUUUUUUCAAAGUAUGUUGGACUUCCUUUGCCACUCAAUUUACUAAAUGGUAACUCCGGAAUUGGUGAUUCCGGAGUUGUGAAACAAGAAGAUGAUGCGGGUGCGGGAGGUUUAGGGAAUGGGCUUGGGCUUACGGAUUUUGAUGUUUUUAUUAUGGAGAGUACGAGUCAGCAAUCGAAGUCGGAAUUGGAUCAGUAUUUGGAGGAGUCACUUUUGCCAAGGAUUCAUGAGUUUGAUGUUAUGGGGUGGUGGAAAUUGAAUAAGAGUAAGUACCCGACUUUAUCGAAGAUGGCUCAUGAUAUUUUGAUGAUUCCGGUGUCGAGUGUGGGUCCGGAAUCGGUGUUUGAGACGGGUGUGAAGGAAAUGGACCGGUAUCGGUGCAAGUUGAGUCCACAGAUGGUGGAGGCGCUUUUUUGUGCGAAGGAUUGGAUGCGUUGUGAGGGUGUGGAGAGUAUCGAGUCGAAUGUGAGGAUGGAAUUUCCUAUUUAG